CGGAGAACAACUCGCAGCGGCUCCUUGAGCUGUUUGAACCGUGUCCCACAGGCCGUGUCACUAGACAUGGAACCAUUCGGAGCCGAUCAAAGGGCUUGUGGGCCCUGCUUUAGGGCGCAACUUGAUAGCAGACAGCUGCAAGAAGCAGAACGUGAAAAAGAGGGGAUCACGGGCGAGGACCUGGCCCUAAACAAGGACAUUGGAUGGUUGAAUGAGCGAUUUGUUAGCAACGCCGUGGACCCACGCCGUCCUGCAUCUGCGCUUGCCAGGAGCAUACUGUGGAGAAAUCCCUGGUAUCCCGGCAACUCUUGCGCUAUCUCGCGGUGAGUCGCGGGGGGCCAUCGCCUCGAAAGUCCAAGGUCCCUGUGCUUGGAAACCAGACCAAUGCUUCGGGAACUUCUUUUGUGCGUUAAUCCCGUCCAACUGUCCAAUGCUCCAAUCGUCAUGCGUGGGACACCGGGCGUCACACCCCGCCCUUAUGUCGGCAGCUCACCAGAGUACCAGACCCUGGCUGGUCGGUACAUGGGAUGUUCUGGAAUUCCUAGAGAAGAUAGGUUAUUCCUGGGAUCUUGGGCUUCUUGCCUGUCCUGCAUUCGCCUCUAGAACAUUGGCAAUUUUUCUUGGUCUGGUGUUGAUGGGUAUAACGCUGUCAGUGAGCGGGGUUCGGUAAGUAGAGAUCGGGGCAGACGAGGAGGAGACACUCUGGGGGCUCAGGGGUUGCGGACGUGCACUCUGGGGAGACAGAAGGGCUGAAGCUGGCCUGGCUACAGAGCUUAUUUUGCAGCUUCUAUGACUUCGAACACUUGC